CUCCCGGCGGGCGCCGCUUCCGCCACGUGUCCCGCCGGGCCCGCCGGUUGCCGCGGCGACGGGAACCUCUCCCGCCCCUUCCGGCCUCGCAUGGCGCCGUCUCUUCCGCUGCGGGGAGUAAUAUGGGGACAAUACACCUGUUCCGCAAAUCACAGAGAUCAUUGGUUGGAAAGUUAACACAUGAAUUUAGGUUGGUUGCAGCAGACAGAAGGUCCUGGAAGAUUUUACUGUUUGGUGCUAUAAAUUUAAUAUGUAUUGGCUUCCUGCUCAUGUGGUGCAGCUCUACAAACAGCAUAGCUUUAACUGCUUACACAUAUUUGACAAUCUUUGACCUUUUCAGUUUGGUAACAUGUCUAAUAAGCUACUGGGUAAUGAUGAAGAAACCCAGCCCAGUGUAUUCAUUUGGGUUUGAAAGGUUUGAAGUUCUAGCUGUAUUUGCAUCUACAGUUCUGGCACAGCUUGGUGCUCUUUUUAUACUGAAAGAAAGUGCGGAGCGGUUUCUGGAACAGCCUGAGAUACACACGGGACGACUGCUGGUUGGUACUUUCGUGGCUCUCUUUUUCAACUUAUUUACAAUGCUUUCCAUUAAGAAUAAGCCUUUUGCUUAUGUCUCUGAAGCUGCCAGUACAAGCUGGCUUCAGGAACAUGUUGCAGAUCUUAGUAGAAGUAUUUGUGGAAUCAUCCCAGGAUUGAGUAGCAUCUUUCUGCCACGGAUGAACCCUUUUGUCUUGAUUGAUAUUGCUGGAGCUCUGGCUCUUUGCAUUACAUACAUGCUCAUCGAAAUCAACAAUUACUUUGCUGUGGACACAGCCUCUGCUAUAGCAAUUGCUUUGAUGACAUUUGGUACCAUGUAUCCCAUGAGUGUCUACAGUGGGAAAGUACUACUCCAGACAACCCCACCUCAUGUGAUUGGCCAGUUAGAUAAACUUCUUAGAGAGGUUUCAACUUUGGAUGGUGUGUUGGAAGUUCGAAAUGAACAUUUCUGGACAUUAGGUUUUGGCACUUUGGCUGGAUCAGUCCAUGUCCGAAUUCGGAGAGAUGCAAAUGAGCAAAUGGUACUUGCCCAUGUCACUAACAGAUUAUACACAUUGGUCUCUACCUUGACUGUUCAGAUUUUCAAAGAUGACUGGAUCAGACCUACCUUAUCAUCUGUGCCUAUUGCAAACAAUAUUCUGAACCUUUCGGAUCAUCACAUUAUUCCAAUGCCAUCUUUGAAAGCUGCUGACAAUUUGAACCCUGUUACCUCCACUCCAGCUAAGCCCAGCAGCCCACCACCAGAAUUUUCUUUUAACACACCAGGCAAAAAUGUGAAUCCAGUCAUCCUUCUAAACACUCAGACAAAGCCCUAUGGAUUGGGCUUUAAUCAUGGAUCUGCACCCUACAGCAGUGUACUCAAUCAAGGACUUGGAAUACCAGGAAUUGGAGCAGCUCAAGGAUUCAGAACUGGUUUUGCAAAUGUCCCAGGCAGAUAUGGAACAAACGCUCGUGGUCAGCCCCGACCAUAAUAAACAUCAUUAUUUAUUAUA